AUGGCCUUACUGCAUCCAUUCAUGGCCCGCAUGCAGUGUAUGGAGCCGCGCUCCACACCACAGCAAACCCGUACACCCCGUAGACGUUUCUCGUCCGUUCCGCCACCAGUGAGCGUGAGCCUUUUCGCAGAUCUGAACAACAACGAGCUUCCGGUGCCGGUCAUCAAUCAAUCCCGCAAGCGAUACGUGAUGUCGGCGAUCAUCUACAGAAAGCCAUCCAUCGAAACUACCACGGCCGAUGGCGAAGAUCGCGAAUCGCAUCUGGCUGUCCAUGUCUUCGGAUCAUCGAUGAGAGUAAGAAGUGAGCGAACCAUCCCGGAUACGGUGGAACAGUUUCUCACCACUAGCGGGACCAAUUGGGACGCGGACUGUGAAGAUCAUAUCGUGGUUUCCGCCGCCUACUGCGUUCCGCGAAUGGAGCCCGUUUCCUACGUAACUUCAGCCCAUCUUUGCUACGAUACGACGAACGGAGAAGCGAGCAUCGUGUACCGCAGCACGGUCGAGCUACGGAGAAGGUACUAUCCGGUCGCGGCGCAAUCCAACGACAACAAGCAGCAUGAAGUGGAAAGACCACCUCCAAUUUUCGUGUCACGUGCUAGUUGGACCAUUUCGGAUAAGGAAUUUGUUGUUCGCGAUCCUUCUGAGGACACAAUGCGCUUGUGGCGCUUAUCGUUUUAGCAAUUGUUUAUUUUU